AUGCGGACCAGCAAGGAGUCAGAGACGGACCAGCGGGUGCGCGCUUGGCGCUUGGUGCGGAGCGAGAGUCUGAGUGGCCUGUGGGUUUGCUACGCGCUCGGAUCGGUCGAGCGGGUUCAUGUCGGAUCGCCAGCCCCGGGGGGCGACCCGGCGCACACCCGGCACGGCCAGCCACCGCGCAGAGAGGGCGAACAAAUCCGGGCGGCAAAACCCGGCAGCGCCGGCGCCAGCGCGCUUGAGGCGCCCGCGAGCGGCCAGGGGCUGCGGCGGGGCGAGGGCCCACAGAGGCAUGCGCCAGGCAGGCGCGGGCAGCGUGGUGCGGGCCCGCGGCGGGUCGCUCUGCGGGAGCGCCUGGCCGAGCGGCCGGGGGCGCCCGAUGCACUCGUGACGUCGCAGCGUCCCGAGCUCUUGGCCUUCUUCGGGCUGCCGGUCCCGAGGCUCUUGGCCUUCUUCGGGCUGCCGGCGGACGGCUCCCGGGCUCCGCCGCUGCCGGCGGCGAGGCAGGCCCUUGCGGGGGGGCCGUUCGAGGUCUCGGAGGCGUUCGACCUGCGCCGCGCCCUCGUCUUCCGGGGGGAAGUCGCAGGAGGCGCCUCGAGCCUGGACGCGGUGCGCGAGAGCGCCCAGCGGCUGCGCUCGCUCGCGGGCUGCGGCGUCGGCCAGUGGGAGUGCCUGCUCGUGCGCGGGGUGCGGGGCCUGCUGCUGGUGGUGGUGCCGCGGGAGGAGCUGGAGGAGUAUUUGAACGCGCCCCUGCCUCCUGUCCCAGCGCUGCUGCUGAGCUACGGCGUGACCUCUGUAUACGCGCAGGCGGCGGUCCCCUCCGUGGCCGGCGAGCCGCCGCUGUCGCCCGCCCUGCUGCUGGUCUUCGGCGUCUUCGCCCUGGCGGAGGCUGCGCGCUACGCCGCGGCGCGCUACCACGGAGUGCGGCUGCUGGCGCCGCUGCCGAUGCCGUCCGCGGCGUACGGGAGCUUCGGCUCGGCGACGCGAGUG